GGAGUAACCUUCCUGCGCAUCAUCACAUCACACCACUCUCUGCUGUUGAAGCGGCUGCGAGAGCGGAGUGACCUCACCAUGAUGUGAUUUCUUUCAUUUUUUUUCCUUUAAUGUUUACAGAAGAAAGACAUGUCCGAAAGAAACCGCUAAGUUAUUGAUUUCAUUCAACCAACCUUUCCAGGAUUACGUGUCAGUUUAUCUCCACCGUAUUCGCUGCCUGCUCGCGUUGGCCGGUCAUGGCAGAGCAGGACGGUGCCGCCAAGAAGAACCCGGCYGUCGGGGCCUUGCAGUCUCACUUCCUGGUGGGCUCCAUAUCGGAGGAGAACUCCGAGGAUGAAAUCCACGGGAGGGUAGAUGGGUCGCCGGAGGACAAGGAGAUCAGAUCGCUGUCACCGUCUUCCUGUAGCUCCGACAGCACGAAUGAGAUGGGUUUCGAUUCCAUUGACGGCAUCAUGCACAAUUUAAGACCAAGCAUGUCAGGGCUCCACUUGGUGAAACAAGGCAGAGAUCGCAGGCGGAUUGAUCUUCAGCGGGACUUCACUGUCGCUUCACCUGCUGAAUUUGUCACCCGCUUUGGUGGUACCAAGGUCAUUGAAAAGGUGCUGAUUGCCAACAACGGCAUUGCUGCAGUCAAAUGCAUGCGCUCCAUCCGCCGCUGGGCCUAUGAGAUGUUCCGCAAUGAAAGGGCAAUUCGGUUUGUUGUCAUGGUGACCCCAGAAGACCUGAAAGCCAAUGCAGAAUACAUCAAAAUGGCCGACCAUUACGUACCUGUACCUGGAGGAACUAACAACAACAACUAUGCCAAUGUCGAGCUCAUUCUUGACAUUGCAAAGCGCAUACCUGUUCAGGCUGUGUGGGCAGGAUGGGGUCACGCCUCAGAGAACCCAAAACUCCCAGAGCUCCUUCACAAGCAUGGCAUUGCUUUCAUGGGUCCUCCAAGUCAAGCUAUGUGGGCUCUUGGAGACAAGAUUGCCUCUUCUAUUGUAGCUCAGACUGCUGGAAUUCCAACUUUACCUUGGAGUGGGACAGGGCUGACAGUGGAAUGGUCAGAAAACAGUCAAAAGAAGAAAAUCAUCAAUGUACCUAACGAGCUGUAUGAGCGCGGCUGCAUCCAGGAUGUAGAAGACGGCCUCAAAGCCGCAGAGAAGGUUGGCUAUCCAAUAAUGGUGAAAGCCUCAGAGGGCGGUGGAGGAAAAGGUAUCCGUAAAGUCAACUGUGCUGAUGACUUCCCUAACCUCUUCAGACAGGUCCAGGCUGAAGUUCCAGGAUCGCCUAUCUUUGUCAUGCAGCUAGCCAAGCACGCCCGUCACUUAGAGGUGCAGAUUUUGGUGGAUCAGUAUGGAAAUGCCAUUUCCUUAUUCGGCAGAGACUGUUCUGUGCAGCGCCGUCACCAGAAAAUCAUAGAGGAGGCUCCGGCCACCAUAGCCACCUCGGACGUGUUUGAGGAUAUGGAAAAGUGCGCUGUGCAGCUGGCUAAGAUGGUCGGUUACGUCAGUGCAGGAACUGUGGAGUACCUCUACAGCCAGGAGGGCAGUUUCUACUUCCUGGAGCUCAACCCCCGUCUGCAGGUGGAACACCCCUGCACUGAGAUGGUGGCUGAUGUCAACUUGCCUGCCGCUCAAAUGCAGAUUGCGAUGGGUAUUCCUCUUYAUCGGAUCAAAGACAUCCGGAUGCUCUAUGGAGUCCAGCCUUGGGGAGACACUCCUAUUGACUUUGAGUCUCUGUCAAACGCACCGUGCCCACGGGGACACGUCAUCGCGGCGCGCAUCACCAGCGAAAACCCGGAUGAGGGUUUCAAACCAAGCUCCGGGACGGUGCAAGAGCUGAACUUCCGGAGCAAUAAGAAUGUGUGGGGUUACUUCAGCGUCGCAGCAGCAGGAGGCCUGCACGAGUUUGCCGACUCCCAGUUUGGACACUGCUUCUCUUGGGGAGAGAAUCGUGAAGAAGCUAUCUCCAACAUGGUGGUUGCUCUCAAGGAGCUGUCCAUCAGAGGAGACUUUAGAACAACAGUCGAAUACCUCAUUAAGCUGCUGGAGACCGAGAGCUUUCAGCACAACAGCAUCGAUACGGGCUGGCUGGAUCGACUCAUUUCAGAGAAGAUGCAGGCUGAGCGUCCUGAUACCAUGCUUGGCAUUGUGAGCGGGGCUCUCCAUGUGGCAGACGUCAAUCUAAGGAACAGCGUCUCCAACUUUUUGCAUUCUCUGGAAAGGGGCCAAGUKCUGCCAGCGCACACACUACAGAACACCGUGAACGUGGAGCUGAUCUACGAAGGCACCAAGUAUGUCCUGAAAGUGACACGGCAGUCUCCCAACUCGUACGUUGUGAUCAUGAACAGCUCUUUAGCGGAGGUGGACGUUCAUCGUCUCAGUGAUGGAGGUCUUUUGCUGUCUUAUGACGGAAGCAGCUACACUACAUACAUGAAGGAAGAGGUGGAUAGGUAUCGGAUUACGAUCGGGAACAAGACUUGUGUUUUUGAAAAGGAGAACGAUCCGUCGCUGCUGCGAUCCCCCUCAGCAGGAAAACUCAUUCAGUACUCAAUAGAGGAUGGCGGACAUGUGUUUGCUGGACAGUGCUUUGCAGAAAUAGAGGUGAUGAAGAUGGUAAUGACCCUCACUGCUGCAGAGUCAGGUUGUAUUCAUUAUGUGAAGAGGACCGGAGCAGCGUUGGAACCUGGCUGUGUCAUCGCCAAACUGCAACUGGAUGACCCCAGCAGAGUGCAACAGGCGGAGCUCUACACAGGGACGCUUCCUUCAACCCAGGCCGUGGCUCUGAGAGGGGAGAAGCUGCACAGGGUCUUCCACAACACUCUGGAUCAUCUCGUUCACAUCAUGAACGGGUACUGCCUUCCUGAGCCGUUCUUCAGCGCUAAACUGAAGGAGUGGGUGGAAAGGCUCAUGAAAACCAUGCGUGACCCCUCCUUGCCCCUUCUUGAGCUUCAAGACAUCAUGACCAGUGUUUCAGGCCGGAUCCCUCCUGCUGUGGAAAAGUCCAUUAAGAAGGAGAUGGCUCAGUAUGCCAGCAAUAUAACGUCUGUGCUGUGCCAGUUUCCCAGCCAGCAGAUUGCAAACAUCCUGGACAGCCACGCUGCGACUCUCAACAAGAAGUCAGAGAGAGAAGUGUUCUUCAUGAACACUCAAAGCAUUGUCCAGCUGGUGCAGAAGUAUCGCAGUGGCAUCCGAGGCCACAUGAAGGCAGUGGUGAUGGACUUGCUCAGACAAUACCUGAAAGUAGAGAUCCAGUUCCAGAACGGACACUACGACAAGUGCGUGUUUACACUUCGCGAGGAAAACAAAGUUGACAUGGUCAAUGUCGUCAACUACAUUUUCUCCCACGCACAAGUAACCAAGAAGAACCUGCUGGUGACUAUGCUGAUUGAUCAGCUAUGUGGUCGUGAUCCCACUCUGACAGAUGAACUGAUGACCAUUUUGACUGAGCUCACUCAACUCAGCAAGACAACAAACGCCAAGGUGGCUCUGCGUGCUCGGCAGGUUCUGAUAGCGUCCCACCUUCCCUCCUAUGAGCUACGACACAACCAGGUGGAGUCCAUUUUCCUGUCUGCCAUUGAUAUGUAUGGGCACCAGUUCUGCAUUGAGAACCUGCAGGUACCAGUGAGAAUAUCCAAUACUAAAACCUCUAACUACCCUGUCAGGAAAAUGCCCACUCCUAUCCUGGACUAUCUUAAGACCUGGGAUGCUAAAGAACAGGAACCAAAACCACAGGAGCUUAAAUCCCAGGAUAGUGAAGCUAAGGAUGAGAAUGCUGAGAAGAAAGAUUUGGAAUCUGAAGAAAGGAUGUCCUUCUCAUCCAACCUGAAUCACUACGGCAUGAUGCACGUGGCCAGUGUAAGUGAUGUCCUGCUGGACACGUCUUUUACACCACCCUGUCAACGUAUGGGAGCCAUGGUUUCUUUCCGCUCCUUCCAAGAGUUUACAAGGAACAUUAAUGAUGUCUUGAGCUGCUUUUCUGACUCACCCCCUGCAAGUCCAAUGUUCCCUGAUGGAGGCAACCCUGUCCUGUACGGUGAAGAGGACAACAAGAGUGUCCAGGAAGAGCCUAUCCACAUCCUGAACGUAGCAAUAAAGACGGACGGCGACAUCGACGAUGACGGCCUGGCAGCCAUGUUUCGGGAGUUUACUCAGUCAAAGAAAUCGUUGCUCUUUGAACAUGGCAUCCGAAGACUGACAUUCCUAGUAGCUCARAAGGAUUUCAGAAAACAAGUCAACUGUGAGGUGGACCAAAGGUUUCAUAGAGAAUUCCCAAAAUUCUUCACAUUCCGGGCGAGAGAUAAGUUUGAAGAAGACAGGAUCUAUCGACACCUGGAGCCGGCGUUGGCUUUCCAGUUGGAGCUCAAUCGCAUGCGCAACUUUGCACUGACCGCCAUUCCCUGCGCCAACCACAAGAUGCACCUGUACCUGGGCGCAGCCCGUGUGGAGGUGGGCACAGAGGUCACCGACUAUCGAUUCUUUGUCCGGGCAAUCAUCCGCCAUUCCGAUCUGGUCACAAAGGAAGCUUCCUUUGAAUACCUUCACAAUGAAGCAGAGCGUCUUCUGCUGGAGGCCAUGGAUGAACUGGAGGUGGCUUUCAACAACACGACCGUGAGGACGGACUGCAACCACAUCUUCCUCAACUUUGUCCCUACCGUCAUCAUGGACCCAUCAAAGAUCGAGGAGUCCGUGCGCUCCAUGGUGAUGCGCUAUGGCAGCCGUCUGUGGAAACUUCGCGUCCURCAAGCUGAACUAAAAAUCAACAUCCGCCUGACUCCGACUGGAAAGCAAAUUCCCAUCCGGCUCUUCCUAACUAAUGAGUCAGGCUACUACCUGGAUAUCAGCCUGUACAAGGAGGUCACUGACUCCCGAACGGGACAGAUUAUGUUCCAGGCGUAUGGUGACAAACAAGGCCCCUUGCAUGGCAUGCUAAUCAAUACACCUUACGUGACCAAGGACCUGUUACAGUCCAAGCGCUUCCAGGCUCAAUCUUUGGGAACCACAUAUGUCUACGACUUUCCUGAGAUGUUCAGACAGGCUUUGAAAAAGUUGUGGAACUCUAGUGAGGCCUAUGCUUUCCUACCUGAAUGCCCGCCUCCUCCUGAUCUCCUCACCUUCACCGAGCUGGUUCUGGAUGCCCAGGGUCAGCUGGUGCAGAUGAACAGACUCCCAGGAGGAAAUGAGAUUGGCAUGGUGGCGUGGCGGAUGACUCUGCGAACCCCCGAGUAUCCAGCAGGACGUGAGAUCAUAGUCAUAAGCAAUGAUAUCACUCACAAGAUAGGCUCAUUUGGACCUCAGGAGGACAUUCUGUUUCUGCGAGCUUCUGAGAUGGCGAGGGAGAGCGGCAUCCCUCGAAUCUACAUCGCAGCAAACAGCGGCGCCCGCAUCGGCCUGGCGGAGGAGAUCCGRCACAUGUUCCACGUGGCCUGGCAGGAUCCAGCUGAUCCAUACAAGGGUUUCAAGUAUCUGUACCUCACACCUCAGGACUACAAGAAGGUCUCGGCUCUUAACUCUGUACAUUGUGAACAUGUGGAAGACGAAGGAGAAUCAAGGUACAAGAUCACUGACAUUAUUGGAAAGGAGGAGGGGCUUGGUGURGAGAACCUGAGGGGAUCUGGAAUGAUUGCUGGAGAAUCUUCUUUAGCUUAUGAUGAGAUCAUCACCAUGAAUCUGGUCACAUGUCGAGCCAUCGGCAUCGGAGCCUAUCUGGUGAGGCUUGGACAGAGAACUAUCCAGGUGGACAACUCUCACAUCAUCCUCACUGGAGCUGGGGCUCUCAACAAGGUGCUAGGCAGAGAGGUGUACACCUCCAACAACCAACUGGGUGGAAUUCAGAUCAUGCACAACAACGGUGUGACCCACAGUACUGUCUGCGAUGACUUUGAGGGAGUCUUUAACUUGUUGCAGUGGCUGUCUUACAUGCCAAAGUUUAAAUCCAAUCCAGUACCCAUCAUCAGUGCAAAGGAUCCCAUAGAUCGUCUGGUGGAGUUUGUGCCGACCAAGACACCUUAUGAUCCUCGCUGGAUGCUGGCAGGACGUCCUAGUCAAAAUCCAAAGGGUUCCUGGCAGAGUGGAUUCUUUGACCAAGGCUCCUUCAUGGAGAUCAUGCAGCCCUGGGCUCAGAGUGUGGUGGUGGGCAGAGCCAGGUUGGGAGGGAUACCUACUGGUGUUGUUGCAGUGGAAACCAGGACAGUGGAGCUGUCAAUCCCAGCUGAUCCAGCCAAUUUGGACUCKGAGGCAAAGAUCAUCCAGCAGGCGGGACAGGUGUGGUUUCCAGAUUCUGCUUUUAAAACAGCUCAAGCCAUCAAGGAUCUGAACCGAGAGGGUUUACCUCUCAUUGUGUUUUCCAACUGGAGAGGCUUUUCUGGGGGAAUGAAAGACAUGUACGACCAGGUGUUGAAGUUUGGAGCCUACAUUGUGGACGGACUGAGGGAGUACAAACAGCCUGUUCUAGUUUACAUCCCCCCUCAGGCGGAGCUGAGAGGAGGCUCCUGGGUGGUCAUAGACCCCACCAUCAACCCCCGUCACAUGGAGAUGUAUGCCGACAAGGACAGCAGAGGUGGCGUGUUGGAGCCUGAAGGAACAGUGGAGAUCAAGUUCAGAAGGAAGGACCUGGUGAAAACCAUGAGGAGAGUAGAUCCAGUCUACAUGGGCUUGGCCGAGAGGCUUGGAACUCCGGAGCUGAGCCCCGCUGACCGCAAAGAGCUGGAGACCAAACUGAAGGAGCGAGAGGAGUUCCUGCUGCCCAUCUACCAUCAGGUGGCUGUGCAGUUCGCCGACCUCCACGACACGCCGGGCCGCAUGCAGGAGAAGGGCGUGAUCACGGAUAUCCUGGAAUGGCAAACUUCCCGUCAGUUCUUCUACUGGCGUCUGAGGCGCCUGCUGCUGGAGGACACGGUGAAGAGGAAAAUCCAGGCAGCCAACAGUGARCUGACAGACGGCCAGAUUCAGGCGAUGCUGCGGCGCUGGUUUGUGGAGGCAGAGGGGACUGUGAAGGCGUAUCUGUGGGACAACAAUGAAGAGGUGGUGGCCUGGCUGRAGAGGCAGCUGGCCGAAGAAGAGGGUGCCAGGUCCGUCAUCGACGAGAACAUCAAGUACAUCCGGCGGGAUCACCUCCUCAAGCAGAUUCGCAGCCUCGUGCAAGCCAAUCCAGAGGUGGCUAUGGACUCUAUCGUACACAUGACCCAGCACAUCUCCGCCACGCAGAGAGCUGAGGUUGUGCGGAUCCUGUCCACCAUGGAGGCGUCUACCUCGUCCUAACAGGAGCCCCAUCUUCGUCUUGCUCUCUGUUGCAGCAGUGGGAGAAAUGACUCUGAGCUGGAAACACUGGACCAGAGGAGCCGGCUUGAUGCCCCGGCCAAUACGGGACUGCUGAUGAAACGUUGGCAAUGAUUCUCGCUCAGCAAGACGUUAGAUAGUCGACGUUGGCUCUUAAAAUUUAGUAAAUUGUCUCUCCUAAGUCUUAGUGCUUGUGUAAGUUGAUUUUCAAGUGCAAUUUUAAGAGAAUUGACAAUGUAGAAAUAGGUGGUGACUAAUAUUUAAUGUUUAGGGUUUAUUUAUGGAUGGAUUUUGUUCUUUGGUAUCAGUGACCUCCAUCCCUUUGAUCUGGAGCGUUCACAUUAAUAUAUAUAUAUUUACGUAUUUUUUAAAACAAAGCGAUACUGCUGUUAGAAAAGCACCUUGGUUUGUGACAUAUGCUUGUGAAGGUUUACAAGUGUUUUGAUGACCGGCUCAACAAUGACAACGCGUCGCCUGGGGAGUUGACCAAAAAAGGAGUUUUUGCUCUGCUAAAUAAAAAGCACUUAGUUACUGAACAAAGACGAGGGAAACGCCAAAGCAGAUUUGGCCGGGGAAGCCCAGCGGGGAGCAGGACGAGGUCCCUUUUAGACCCCGACUGUUUCGCAGUUACCCUGCGGUGAGCGGUGGGCAGCUUGCCUCAUAACAAAACCACAGCUGUCCCUUCUGUUCUCACCCACACACGCUGCUUAACAGGCACUUUAGUGCUUACUGUUCCCCUCGCGCUGCACCGAGAACCGCGCCUGCGCAGGACUCUCUCUCGUGGACGAACGCGCACGCACAUAGUGGCACAAACUCUGUCGCGCACAGUGGGUAAAAGCUUAAAACGCAAAUCGGUGAUGGCUCAGUUGAAAGAGAAAGCAAAAGGAAGUGUGUUUGAAGGGAUUAGCUUGAGGUUUUUAGCCAAAGAUGUCAGUUUGAAUUUAGGACAGGAUAGGUAGCCAAAUCAAUAAAUGUCUUAGAAAUAACAAAUGCUGCUGUUUACUCUAUUCGACUUGUUACACGUCUGAUGUUUAAAUGUGACCCGCAAACACUUUUCUGUCUUGUUAAUGAAUGAAGUGUUACUGAUUUUUAAUGUUCUUGAAAGCACUGUGGGAAUCGCAUAUGACUUGAGUUUGCUUCUGAAUCCGUCUUGGACAGGAGAUCAUAAUACUAGCUAAACGACUCUAUGAUGAUGAAUUCAGCUCUAGAAGUUUGUGUCAUUUUUUUGCUCCGUUGAAAUCUUUWCUCCUGCAUGGAUCAGUUCUGUGCCUUSAGUUCCGUCAUUUACAUGCUGACCAGAUGUUUUACAUGUAACCGUUUACCUGCAGACAUGGAGGAGAACUUACAGUGAUGAGCUCUAAACGUGUCAGCAAUCUGAAUAAAACUUUACUCAUU